CUGACCAAAGUACAAACAUAUGUACAGAAAAUUGUGCGCAUGCGUUUAAUAUAGACUCGAAGUUUGCAUGUGUUUGUUUACCUCGUUUGUCUGCUUUAAGGCAGGAAUUGUAUAAGUACAUAGAUAUUUGUGUGCUAUGUUGCCUUAGUUGGAAGUUUUGUGUAUAAAAAGGUUAAUGAAGUUCAUGUCAUUGCCACACGUUAGUUUCUUCAGUGAAAGUCUUCCAUAAAUGAAGCCUCAAACAAUAAAGAUGUUGGGAAAAAAGUUACAGAAGCUUUAACGCGCAAGACAGCGAAAAAUGUAUCUUCCGAAUGAAAUCCAUAUAACACAUGUUUUCAAAGAUACCCAUUUAUAAUAUGGAGCCGAAUCAUUAUUACUGCCGGAGUGCUAUGCAGCAGGAUCCAUCCACUUCGGCAAUUCCACAUAACGCAUCAAACAAAAUUAAUUAUGGAUUGAAUUCUGGACAGGAGUAUGUAGCAUGCAGCCCUUAUCAAUCGCAAUCUGGCUAUACACAACGAAAUGCAAACAAUCACAAUAAAUCACUUAGUGGAAACAGCAGCAUGGGAAGUCCCUUUGGUUCAGGCUGCAACAGUAGUGGCCAAUGUAACAAGAACGCAGCCAACGCAGGAAAUUAUAUUAAUAUAAUGACGGUUCCGUUGGGAACACUACAGUAUAAUAGAAAAAAGCUUUCUUCUCAGGACUAUGAAUCGCAUUUAUAUUAUAACACUACGGAUUUCAAGUGUCGUGAUAACUACUACAAUACUAACAAUGCUGGACACUUAAACACUGGAUCAACCAUACCCCAACAUCAAAAUCAGCAACAACAACAGCCCAACUGCCUCCACAUACAGCAUUCUUUAGCACAAAAUCAACAGCUAAGUCAUACUCAACCAAUUCAUCAAUUGCCACAACUGUCGACGUCUACAGCAAACCCAAUUAAUGACUUUGAAAGUUGUGCGAUGUUUCCGCCUGCAACAGAGAGUCAUCAAAAUAAGUCAAAUGUAGCAAUGUGCGAGCAAGCGAUGUCGCAAGCAUCAACGUCAUUGGGUUCCGUCAAUGUGCCUGCUCCUCCUAUUAUGUACACAGUGCAUCGUGUGGUAACUACAGCUCAAAUUCAAACAGCUAUAGGAGGUUCAUUUGCGUCAUCUGCAAGUGUAUCCAGUGUUGUAAGCACUGGAAAAAAUGAAAGUGACUGCUUGUCAUCAGCGCAGCUAACUUCAGCGAUGACUGCAUCAUCUCAUGGUCCUUGUCAUAGUGGCCUGACUGACAUGGGAACUAAUAUACUCAAUAAUGCAAGUGCUCUUUGUCCUAUGCCUGAUGUUCGAAGCCCCUCAGGAUUGCUUAACAAUUCGUCAUUUUUACAAGCACACCAAAAAUGUAACAGUGGUAAUGACGCCCAACCAAUGUCUGCACUUCCAAAACGUGUUCUGGGAACCAGCUCAACUUCUAAUUUAGCAAGUGCUGGAAAGCCUUCAUCAAGUUUGGGUCGGGCUUUACAAAACGUAAUUCCAACAUGUGUAUAUCUUAUGUCCCGAGUUGCUGUACACAUGGAGAUUGAGGGUACAGCCCAAUGUCCGUCUCAGGUAAUGCUGGCCGCUGCGUUGGGAUGCGAAGAAUUAGGAAUAUCGAAUAAAUUGCUGGCCCAAAGCGUUUUUGGAUUGUGGAUGACAAGUACUCUAUUGGAGAUGCAACUAAAAGCGCAUCACUGUCCUUAUAUUGUACGUGUAGCGUGGCCAAACCUGCUUCAGAAAUUCAGCAAUGGUAGCCCAAGUGAUCAAAAAUAUGAUGAACCUAUGAUUGUAUUAAAGCGAAAUGUAUUCUUUUCUAAAAGAGAUGAGGAAAAAAUCAAGGAUUAUCGAAUUUUGGAACUUCUUUAUGAGGAGGCAAGAAAUAAUGUGCUAACCGGAAGAUAUAUUAUGGAACCAGUGCAUUCACUCAUGUUAGGUGGUAUUCAGGCCCGAAUUGAGCUUGGGCCAUACAAUUCUCAUACCCACACAGUAGGAUUUUUUCGAGAAAACCAAGCUCGGUUUUUACCAGCACUUGUUGCCAAAAGUUCGAAUUGGUUGUGGCUACCAAUUAGCCAAAAGAACUCCGCAGAGGUUAAACUUUUAGAGCAAUUUAAAAGAGUCCCCCAGACAGCAACCACACGAAAAUUAAUGCGUAAAUAUUUGGAAUUUUGCUGGGCACUCCCAUUUUACGGGGCUGCAUUUUUCCACGGACAAAUGGAGCAACCUGUAAGGGGUAUUAUGGCGUUGGUCAACCAAAAAGAUAUGGAGGUCCUGAUUGCUGUUAAUGAAAGAGGAGUUUAUAUAAUAGACCCAUACGAAAGUACGUUAUUGUUGGGUCUGCGAUAUGAGGAUUUGUCUUGGGAUUAUGCAAAGCCAAGUGCAACUGAUGAUGCGGAAUGUCUUACCUGCAUAUUUUUGCAGUUUGAUGCCGUCGAAAACGGAAUACAAGUAUCAAAACUUGUGCAGGUGUUUUCAAAGCAAGCUGCCAUGAUUGAUGCACUUAUUUCACAUUUCACGGAUCAAAUAAGGAAUAAAAAACAAGAAGGAAACUCAACAGAGCCAUUUCACGAUGAGCCAAAUCCUAUUCAAAAUAAUGGAAAUGGGGUGUUAUGCAAUAAGCUUUCUCGAUUGACUUUGGCCACUUUUGAUGAAGAGGGGGGUCGUUGUAUUGGACAAAUGGGAUCAUUAUCUAUAAGCUAUUAAAAUUCAUAGUUAUUAAACAAAUUAAAUUAAGAGUGUUAAAAAAAAUUUCAUGCAUACGAGGAUAUUCAUGAUUGUUAAUAACUCAUAUAAGAACGUUACGUAGAGACGGCUGCCAGGUUCUUUGAGAACCUGUUGAAAUUACCAAUAAGGAUACUCAUAUAAGGAUACUCAUAUAAGAAUACUCAUACAUCUAAUUUAAGCAAAACGAAUCAAUAUAUUAACUUUAAUUCCAAUUUAAUACAUUUGUUUCCAAUUUUAAUUAUGAGAAAAUAGAUGGACAGUCUAAGUUGAUAGCAUUUCCUGAAUGUUGAACAAUUUAUACAUUUUUUUUUUUUACUUUUGAUACCUUGCAUCUGCUAUUCAUGGUUGUGGGUAAAACCUACUUGUGUAUUAUUUGUGUACUUGAAACGCCAAUAGGAUGAUAAAAGAGAAGAAUGGGUUCCCGCUUCCGUAGUGCAGAGGCCGGCAGCGUCGUAUGCACUGUGCAUAGGAAAAAAAUUUGGGCAGCGCAGUCGGC